UGGCGCCCGGUCAUUCAAACCCCGGGAGGAGCGCGGGACUGGGAGCAGACAGGUUCCAGCUAUGUGAAUAAUUUACACAUAUUAUUUAAAGCAAAGAAAGUCUUUGGUAUUAGAGAGAACAUGGAGAAAAACAAGGAAAACUACAAGUUUCCCUUAAAUAAAGGCGUAAAUCAUUCUUCGCCAAGACGGACGUCUCCAUUGCGUGUGGUAUUGGGUGAAAUCCAAGGCGCAGAUAUAAAGACCCCGACAAAGAUAUGUGAUACAAGUAAUGUCGACCCCUGGACCCCAACUGCCAACCUGAAAAUGCUAAUUAGCGCGGCCAGCCCCGACAUCAGGAAUCGAGAGCGUGAAAUUCUCGAGGAACAGUUUUCCGGAGACGAGCUUGAAAAAGCACAACCCAGCCGUAAGGAAAAGAGUUUGGGACUUUUGUGCCACAAGUUUCUGGCUCGGUACCCUAAGUAUCCGAAUCCUGCUGUAAACAACAGCAUUUGUUUGGAUGAGGUGGCCGGAGAACUAAAUGUUGAGCGGAGACGUAUAUAUGAUAUAGUGAACGUGCUCGAGAGUCUUCACAUGGUCAGUAGACUUGCCAAGAACAAAUACCUAUGGCACGGCCGUCUGAACCUCAGCAAAACGUUUGAGGUCUUGAAAAAAGUUGGAAAUGAAAAUAAAUAUGCAGAACAAAUCAUUCUUCUGAAGAAGAGAGAUCAGGAGGAGUUACCAGAGAAUGAUGAAUCUGCUGCUAGGACACUGAUUAAGCAGACAGAAGUCGGCUUUGUCGAGCUCCCAGGAGUGGAAUUUAGAGCCGCAUCCGUCAAUAGCCGCAAAGAGAAGUCAUUGAGAGUGAUGAGCCAGCGCUUUGUGAUGUUGUUUUUGGUUUCCUCGCCUCAGAUUGUCAGCCUAGAUGUUGCUGCUAAAAUUUUAAUCGGAGAAGAUCAGCUUGAGGAUUUAGACAAAAGCAAGUUUAAAACGAAAAUACGACGUUUGUAUGACAUAGCAAAUGUUCUGAGCAGUCUAGAUCUUAUAAAGAAGGUUCAUGUUACAGAAGAGAGGGGGAGGAAGCCAGCUUUCCAGUGGACGGGCCCAGAAUCCUCAACGCAAGGAAAAGACAAGGAGAAUUUUAUUUCUGUAUCUGGCCCCUCCUCUCCAGCUGUUAGCCUGCGAUCGCCAAAAGAAAAUUGUGCCAAAAAUCUCUUUGCAUCUCAAGGCAAACAAAACUUUACCCGUCAUCAGUCACUUAUAAAGCUGGCCAAAAGUAUUGAUAACGACCGCAGGAAGAUAAACUCUGCUCCUUCCAGUCCUACGAAGACAGACGUCGGUCAGUGCUCUGUUUUCAGCUCUAGUAAAAUGGCACAGUUGGCAGCGAUCUGUAAACAGCAGCUGGACAGAUCCAAGGAUCCAUAUAAAGUGAAAGCGAAGACGUCACGGCAUCCCCUUAACAAUACAAAGUUUGUACUGAAACCAGCAAUGACCUCUGAGCCAAACCCUCCUUCAAAUCCAGGGAUUCCUCUAAUCUCCACUCACCUUCAUUCUCCUGCCCCAUACACUGUGUAUGUACAGCCUCAACAAGCAAGAACUUUGGCUUCACAGAGCCCCAGUGCUCCAGGACAUGCUGUACUCUGUGCUCAUAAAACAGUUCAGGAAGAUGAGGGCAACUUGUCCUCCGAGGCUGUGACUAAAGACCCAGGCAUGUCCCCUGGGAAAGGUCAGCAUGCCCAGAAUGAAUAUGUACAUGAGUGUUUCUCCAAGAGGGUCCUGGACCCUGAAAACUGCCCCAUGUCCAAGCGAAUGAAAGGUUCUCAUCCGAGUGACUCUCCCGAGAGACUGAUUCCCUCUGGCUAUCUCAUUCCGGUACAACUUGCACCUCUGGGGACGGAAGCUGGUAAAGAUGUCACGGAGUCUUCCUCAGAGAGAACCAUAUUUACGUCUCCUUUAGCAGGUGUCAUCCCUCUACAAUUAAUGUUCUCACCGGGCUCCUUAACUGCUGUCCCUGUUUUAAGUCCAUGUGGCCAGUCCAUGACCAACUGGUCCGGUGCAGCCUCACAAUCUACCAAUCCACGUUCUGGCAGCACAAAACCCACUGAAGAACUGACUGCGGCACAAGUAUUAAACGUCAGCCAUCUUUCACCAAUUGCAUACCACGGACAGCCAAUAAGAGUAUUCACUUUGCAGCAGCCUGGUGUUCCUCUUACCCCAAAGAGCUCUCAGACCACGUUAAAAGAGAGUUUCUUUCAGACUCCAGGCGGCCCAAUGUCUUCUCCAAUGGAAACUGCUGCUUCAGAGAGCAAUCUUCCUGGACAAAUCUUUAUCUCUCAAAGAAAACUGGACGUGGGAGCGGACGAUUGACCUAUAGUAUUUUUAGAUCAAGUAGUGACAUGGUGCCUGGGCAGAUCAGUAGCAGUACAGCAUCUUUCCAAACAUGAGGAGUAGAUUUUCUUUUUAAUAUGGCAAUUUGCCAGCACAUGAUUUUGUCUCUCAUCCUGCAACACUCACAAUGAAAUGAUUAUAUAAAAUUAGACCUAUUUAUACAAUGUAUAUUACAAUGUAGGAUCUGUAGCGUCUAAAG